AUGUUGGCACUGGAGUGGCUACGAGCUUCCACAAGCUCGCUACUCAGAUCGUUUCACCUGAAGGGCCACUACCAGAAUCAGACCUGCGCUGAUACCACCAAGCUGCGUCGUGCCGGCUCCACCCUCCGUUUCCGUGGCGUCGAGGAAGGUGUUAAGGAGUAUAUGGCAUGGCUUGAGGACAAGGAAGUUAUGAUCAAGUCUUCCCCCAUCUCUCACGCCAAGAAAAACUCGGCAUGA